AUCUACAAAGCUUUAUAAAAGCAGCCAAAUUAGAGUUAAAAAUUGAUGCCUCAAGAAAAAUAACAGCCUUAGUGUUUGGUGCAACCAUUAAAGAAGACCAGUUUGAAAAAGUAAUUCAUCAAUAUAUGUCAACACCUACUUUUCAAAUUGAGUUGCAAUUUGGAGACUCCGUUCGAUCAGUGGCACCAGCAUCGACAGUUAGUGGCACUCUAUCGGAGUGUGAAUCCGUAGGUGGUUUUGGGGAUCUUACCCCAAAAACAAAUGUUAUUUCAACUUUAAAGACUGACAUAGAGUCCAUCAAGUCAAUUCCGGCUGUCAACAAAAUAUGGAGAAUUUUUAUUGCCGAAAAACGCCUGCAAAAUAAAGAUAGGGUGAAUAUUUCGAAGGCCCUUAUUGACGAAUGUCUAAAAGAAGACCCUAACAGAUUACUUAAACGUGAAGAUUUUGAAGUUCUGAAGUUAUAUUAUAUAUUAUAAUAUGUAUGAAUUUCUUUUAUGUUAAAUAAAAUGUGAAUAUCAAAAAUUGA